AGAAGUGGGAAAUAAGAGACGUUCCCUGUGUCCAUUCGUCGUUCUCAGUGAUUUUGCGAUGCUCGAAAAUGAGCUCUCUAAACCCAAAGGCGUGUCCCGCUUCCGCGUCCUUUUCUCACAGCCCGGAGGCACCAAAAAGCAGCGGAGGUGGGUGGAGGGCUUCCUCGUCGUCGGCCAUGACGCGUCCUACCUCUACGAUACUGAGAACCACUCCACGGUGGCUGUCAGCCGCGGCUCCAGCGUGCGGCCGAAUCCAGUAUUUCAGACCAUGCAAAACGCCCACAACGGCCUCGACUGGACAGCGGCGCAGUCGGAGACGCUCUCGGUGAUGCGAGGCUACGCGGUCCAGAUCAUUGAAGUGAUGGAACUACAUCUUAUUCCCUACGCGACUCCGACCGCUACGGAUAGGCCUAGGGCAGCCCAUGGCACAGAGGGGUGUAUGGGUCCGGAUCCCACGGAGAUCCAUACGCGGAGCCCCCAGUGCGGAGGAGUGGAUUUACUUCCAGAAGCGGUGUCGAGUUCUCCACGGAGGUUCCGCAAACCGGUGCCUAUGCCACGGUCGGCUUCGCCGCUCGGGAAGCGAAGUCGGAGUGAAAUUAUGCGAUCGCUAGCCGAAAGCUAUGCCCAUUACUUUUAUCAAUAG